AUGACGUGGGCUGGUCCAUCAAACACGUGGAUCAUGUAAUAGUUACUUCAUUUUUGUUUUUCUAUAUAAGUUAGUCGAGUUUUUGUGUUAAUUAUCAUUCUUUAAAAAACCCGCGGAACUUUUUAUUUGAUCUUCCUAGUGCCGUGUUCAAAGUGAUUCCGCGAAAUUCAAAAUAGCCGUCAGAGAAAGAGAAAGAUAACUAAAUUUUGGAGGGUCAGAGACCAUUUUGCAUUUCGCGGAAAUUACUUUGAACACGGCAUAAUUUUAAUUGAUUUUUCCCUUUCUCUAUUUUUUUUUUGAAUCUUAAUACUUUCAUUUAAUCAAAAAUUUUUUUCUUAAAUUGUUUCUUUGAGUUGCUUCCUAUCACUGCUGUUUUUACAAUGAUAUGGAUCAUCUAACGCUUUGGGAAAAAAGAACUUUGAUACAACAACAUUCUAUUCGCCUGAAUUUGAUUCACAACUGUUUCACUUGCAACUCAUUUUCAAUUUAAUUGUAUUGCUCUCAAUUUCAUCGAAGUAUCGCUGAAUAUUAAAAAAAAUUUUUUUUAGUAACUGGGUAGUAACUAUGGCGGACAUCAAAUCGCCUAUACCUGGCGAUACGAAUGCUACAGGAAAUGCUACAGUUUUCACUUUCCAAGAACAGGUAAUAUUUUCAAUUGAUCGCUGUUGAACAGUAGUAAGGGAAAAUAUUAUUUAAUUUCUGUUUGUUUUUCCAGCUAACUGCUUCGGUGUCUUUAUAUACAAUGUCUUUAAUUUGCAUUGUGAUUGGUGGAAUUCGCUCUGCCAAUUUUGUUCAACGGAUGAUUAGAAAGAAGAGGCCGAUUGAGGUGAGAAUAACAACGUUAGAAAACCUCAAAACGCCAUUUAGAACUCGAUCAGAAUGUCUGAGGCGAAGAAGUUCCCAUUGUCCGCUUCGGCAGUUCUUUUCGGCCUCUACAUUUUCUUCAAGUAGUUUUAGUUCAUUUGUUUAUUUAGAUGGCUCUUUUUUCAGACCAGCUGCUGAACGUUUGAAUUGGGUAGUCACAGCCGCGCAAAAGUUGCAUGUUCCUGAGAAUUAUAUCGAGAAAAUCAACGCAACUAUCACGAAUUUCAUGACACCCGCGGAAGGAGUCGCUCACGAAACCUUGUUCCAAAGGUGCUCUUUUUGCAAAAAAAAAAAAAGAUCAAAAUUGUGUUACUCGGGCAAAACUGAAAAGCUCCCCAAAAGCUUUUCUCAAAAAAAGACCUUGAAAGGGUCCCCAGCAGAUCUUCUUUAUAUCGUUUCACUUCUUUUUUGCAUCUUUUUCACAUCCUCUAACAAAAAGCAUGCUGGAAAGCAACUGAAAAGAUUCGAGAUGAUUCAAAAAGGAUCCUCUGAGGCUAUGAAAAAGGAGCUCAAAAACUUUUUACAUCAUUUUAGGAGCUUUUAAAGGAAGCUUUUUAUCUCACUCUCAGGAUCCUUUAAGGAUCCUCAAAGGAACUUUUCCGUUUUACCUAUGUUAGGAACUUGACACUUACUUCUUUCAGACUCUUGAAGAGACUCCCAUCUAACAUAAACGAGUUCUUGCAAACGUAUCUGGAGAAACUACCAGCGAUCGGAAAAGACGAGUUGAUGAUAAUCUUAACCUUUUUAAUUUGUUUUGAAGGUUUGUUGUAAAAUUUCUGUUUUUUUUUGUAACUUUUCUCAUGAUUCGUUUGAGUUGAAGUUCUAAAAGAAACCAUUUUGAUUGGAACCACCCGAGGCGAAGAUUGUUCUCAGCUUUAUUAUAGUUUUGCAAGGCUUUUUGCGUCUCAAAGUUAGUUUUAAUAAAAAAAGUUUUCACAAAAAUCUUCUUUCAUAAGUUUUUUUGAAACUUUUUGAGUCAUACUACCAUCUUCAAAAAAAUUGCCACGAUAGUUAAUUUAACACCUUACGCAUAUUAGGAAUGAAAAAGAUUCACAGCAAGAAAGCUAGUUAGAAGUUUUUAUUUUAAAGAAAAAAAAUUUUUUCGAAGUACCUUUUUAUAAUUUUUUGAUAUAGUCAAAAAAAAGAAACUGAAAGUCUGAAAAAGUUUUUUUGAGAUGCCACAAAUUAUUUGAAAACUAGUGAUAGUUCAAUCUGUAAAGUUGGGAUGAGUUUAGGUAUCUCCGCCUUGGCCAUUUUGUUGAAGCCAGCUCUCACUUUCCUGCUCAAUCGCCUUCCGUUCGUACCCGAAUGUCUGCGAUUCAACAGACCUUACCUUCUCUCGAUCAAAAAAGGUCUGAAAGAGAUGGAUGAAGGAGACAUGGAAGAGGCAUCGACCAAAGACACGGUAUUCUACCUUACCUCGUACAUCUUCACUUUGAAACAAUUUAAGGAAUACGUUUUCAAACUCGAUUGCGACAGACAUAUUCUGAUUGCCCUUCUUCUCUGUUCUCCGGUUUUGAUCUCUCAUUUGACAUGCCGUCAUUGGAUAACGAACAAUAUCAUCGGAAUCGCGUUCUCUAUCGUCGGAAUCGAAUGUCUCCAUCUGGCUAGCUUCAAGGUAAAUCUUGAAUAUGGUCUUUUGUUUUCUUGAAAUUCGAUGAAUGAAUAAAAAUUCAAUUUCUCCAAAACAGUAUAAAAAAAGAUUUCGUUUUUAGGCAGGCACUUUGCUACUGGCUGGACUGUUUAUCUACGACAUUUUCUGGGUUUUCGCGACAGAUGUGAUGACUUCAGUGGCCAAGGGAAUCAAUGCUCCGAUUCUGCUGCAAUUCCCUCAAGAUAUUUACCGCAACGGAUUUCUAGAGGCUAACAAAUACAGUAUGCUCGGUUGGAAAUGUCCCCCUUUUUAGAAUGAAUAAUUUUCGAGUUCAAGGUUUGGGAGACAUUGUCAUUCCUGGGAUCUUCAUCGCCUUGUUGCGCCGUUUCGACUAUCGCGUGGGAGAACAAGGGUCAGAAGCUAAGAAGGCCAACAAAGGAAGGCGGUAAGAACAAGGCUCGGAACUCAAAAAAAAUCAGUAAUUUGAAUUCCAGUUACUUCUUUGCCAUCACAAUCAUUGCCUACGCCGUCGGCUUGCUUCUCACCAUGUACGUCAUGCAUUAUUUCAAGGUCAGUCUCUCAUUUUUUUAUACUAUACAUUAUACUUUAUAAUUUAUAUAUAUAUAUAUACUUUAUAUAUAAUAUACUUUUUACCUCCGUUUUUUUUAAACAAAUAUCCUAUUUUUUUAUAUCCAUCGUUCAUAUGGUUAUCAGCAUUUUAUUUUAUUAAAAAAAUCACUCGAUUAGAAUAUUCAAGAAAUUUUCUAGAAAGCAGAGUAGAUUACGAACGAAAUACGAGAGAUUUUUACGAGAAAAAGAAAAAAAGAAUUAUUUUUUUCUUUUUUUGAAAUUUUUUUUCGAUUAUCGAAAAAGAACAAUAAUAUUCUUGGUAUAUAUUCAUAUUCCAAAAAAACUUUUUUUCAUACUAUAUGAUGUUUUUUUUAAAAGUUGAUGAAAUUAGAGCACAGAUAGCAGAAAAACCCGGUUGACGCCAAUAUAUUUCAAGAAGCUGACCAAAUAAUUUGAUUUCUUUUUAUUUUUAUUUUUUUCAAUUUUUUUCUCAGCUCUUAAAUGUUUAUCGGGACUCGCUUAUUUAUUUAACGAAAAGACAGGUAAUCAAUUUAGCGAAGAAAUUUCAUAUUUCUGUCUAUUCUCAUGUCCUGAAAUUAUGUUCUGUCCCACCGCUUCCAAGACGCCUUUUUCCGUUCGCUCAUGAAUUCGACUAUCAGAUUCGCGGUCUACGAGCGUAUGGGAUAGAAAGCUCAGUCGUAAUUAAUGUUUGGUAUUAAAACUUUUAGCACUCUGUAGAGACAAGAACUAGACGGUUAAAUCACUUGUGUGCGGAUUGAGAUGAGAGAAUUUGAGGCUGCCCAACCGGCUCUGCUUUAUCUGGUGCCAUGCUGUCUUCUGGUCCCUCUGACGGUGGCCGCAUUGACCGGCGAGCUCUCGGCUCUGUGGAACUACGAUGAAGGUCAUUUGGUGCAAGACGACGACAAGAAGAACGUCGACUCCGCAAAGAAAAAUAACUAA